CUCUCCUACCUCUCCACCCUGGGCUUGCCACUGACACGUGUGCGUGCGUGUGUGUGUGGGCGCCGCGAGGGAUACGCGCGACCGCCUCUCACCGCACCACCUUCAACCCGCACCCCCGAGGGGUCCUUUCGGGGCCACGCCCCACCCCGGGGACCUUCCUGCCUGCCCCUCGACGCCCGAGGGAUUUCCUCUCGCCCCGCCGAGACCACGGCACCUGCGGCAGGUCCAGCCGUCCGACCCCGGCCGCGUCGACGACGUCGAGCGGUCGCGGAGAUGUCCCGCGGCGUUUGGAGUGGGCGCGCGUUGCUCUGCGCGUUGAUUCUGCUCCAGGUGUGCAGUAGGGUACAUGGAGGUCAUCAGGUCGCGAGAAGGACGCCAAUCAGUGCAGCAAAUGCGACCCAAGAGCAUGGACACUCUCGACAAACAAAGGCAGCACCCAAGAACGGCUGGCACCAGUGGGCCAUCGAACCUGCAGGUCGACAAAAACGGUCGUGGAUCCUCCCGCCCAUUAAAGUGAACCACGUGAUCGAGAACGACCGCGGCCCGUUCCCGAAGGUCUUCAUGAUGAUCAGGUCGGACAAAGAGUCGAGCGUGAAUUCGAUGGUGUACAGCCUGCGGGGGCCCGGGGCUGACCAACCGCCCGUCGGGGUCUUCAACAUCGACCCCAUCACCGGCAAAAUCAACAUCAUGUUCGUCCUGGACCGAGAGAAGAUUUCAAGCUACGCGCUCAAGGGCUUCGCGAAGGACGAGCGCGGGAAUCUGCUGGAGCCCGAGCUGGACCUCCCCAUCAACGUGCUGGACGAGAACGACAACGCCCCGGAGUUCACGCAGAUGCGAUACGCGGGCAACGUGUCGGAGAAGAGCCGCGCAGGGAGCCCGGUCCUGAAGGUGGAGGCCACGGACGCGGACGACCCCCAGACCAACCACGUGCAGGUGGUGUUCAGCAUCAUCGCGCAGCAGCCGCCACUGCCGUCGACGCGCAUGUUCACCAUCGACCGCUCGAGCGGCCUCAUCAGCACGGGCGCGACUCGCUUCGACGCAGAGGCUGUGAAGUUCUACACUCUGCUGAUCCGCGCCAGUGACUGCAACGGAGCCGACUACAGCCUCUCGUCCACCGGCACGGUCGUCAUCCAAGUGCAGGACGUCAACGACAACGCGCCGGUGUACUCCCAGCAGAACCUCAUUUGCACGGUGCUGGAGAACGUGGUGGGCGAGUCGGUGCUGGCGCUGAAGGCGGAGGACGGCGACACGCCGCACACGCCGGCGUGGCGCGUUCGCUACCGCAUCGUCGCCGGGCAGCACAGCGACAGCUUCCACAUCGCGACCGACUACGUCACCAACGAGGGCAUCCUCACCGUCAGCAAGGCGCUGGACUACGAGUCCACGAAGCAGGUGCUGCUGGUGGUGAGAGUGGAGAACGAGGAGCCGCUGUGGGGCGUGCAGCCCGGCCCGGCCUCCACCGCCACCGUCACCGUGACGGUGCGCGACCAGAACGAGCCGCCCGAGUUCUCUCCCGACGAAAUCGAGGCCGCCGUCACCGAGGAGCAGCCACCGGGCGUGACCCUCGGCGUGUUCACCGCCCGCGACCCGGACGUGGGCCAGCACCAGCAGAUACGGUACAAAAUGGGCGACGACCCGUCCGGGUGGCUCUCCGUCAACCCCACGACGGGGGAGUUGCGAACGCGAGCGAGACUGGACCGCGAAGCGAGCGGCCUCUACAACGGCACCUACACCGCCACGAUCCUGGCCUUCGACAACGGCGUUCCCCCGCAGACGGGGACGGUCACCAUCCUCCUGCGGGUCACGGACGUCAACGACCACCCCCCCCGGGUGAAGCUGCCCUACAGCCACAGGGUGUGCGAGGACCUCGCGUGGCAGGGCAUCAACGUGACGGUGCUGGAUGAAGACGAGGCGCCCAACGCCGGGCCCUUCACCUUCUCCCUGCCCGAGGAGCCGCCUGAGAUACGCAACAAUUGGAAUAUCCUCUACCGCACAGGGGAGGUGCUGGUGUUGGCUCCGCACUCGGACCGCGUCCAGCCCGGACACUACAGCGUCCCCGUGCUGCUCGCGGACAAGUCGGGCCUGCGGUCCGAGCAGAUCGUCGAGGUCACGAUUUGCUACUGCGACAACAAACUCACGUGCCCCGCGGCCCUGGGUGGCAUCGGACUCAGCCUCGCGGCUCUGCUCAUCAUUAUUUUCUGCCUCCUCAUACUCCUGCUGCUCUUCCUAGCGAUGCUGUGCUGCCUCUGGUGCUACCCACACGGCUGCUGCGGCUACGUGAGGUCAGGGGGCGCCCUGUACAUUGUGCACGAGCAGGGGAACUCUGGGGGGGUUCAGGCCUACAACUACGAAGGCGGAGGGGAAGAGGAUAUGGGGAUGAGGAUGAACCUGCUGGCAAUCGGCGCUCAGGGGAAGAACGGCUCGAGCUGGGCCGGCGGCAAGGACGCCGAAGGCGCCGCCUACACCAAGUCCACCACCCUGCGCGCCAGCUCGGCAGCGGAGUCCUCUCACGCCGCCGCCGCCGCCGCCGCCGCCGCCGCGGGAGAGACGGCCGCCGCUUCUCACGAGGUUAAAGAGUCCUUCACGGCGAGCUUCAGCCACACGACCUCCGGCGCGGCGCACGACAGCGCCGGCACGCGGGCGCACGGCGGACGGUCCGCCGGCUCGGCGGGCGACGCGGCGGUCGGCGGGAGCGACGCCUGGGCAGCGGCCGGCGGCGGCGGCGGCGGCGGCGUCGUCGUCAGCCACGUGGCGACGCAUACGGAGGUGGGCAGCGCCAGCAGCAGCAGCAGCGGCGGCCGGGGCAUCGCGAUGGACUCGCGAGUGAACGGGGCGUUCCGCGCGCCGGCGGGCGGAGCGACAGGGGGCAUCGUUCUGGAGACCGACGGCCGCGUCUACCUCGGGAGGACUUCGACCCUCGGCUACCCGAGGGCGAGCGGCUACGGCGGUCAAGCGAUCGGCCGAGAGUCCGUCAGCGUGGGGAGGGGCAUCACCCGCAGGGAAGUACCUCCACCCGCCGCCGUCGCAGGACCCGCCUGGCUGCAGCAUCACACCCUUCCCAAGCUCCUGAGCACGAAGGCGACGGCGGACGUCAGGCAGUUCGUUGCGGAGGCUCUGGAGUGGGCGGAUAAAGACCCCGCAGUGCCCACGUUUGACGGGCUGCUCGUUUUUUGCCACGAGGGCGACCGCGAGGAUGACCACUCUUUCAGCCCCUGCAUCAGCACGGCCAACUUGGCGGAGCAGGAGGCACAGUUCCGGCCCGUCUUCAACCCGCCGCCCGGCUCCUACGGCUCCCGCGGCUCCCCGAUCUCGCGGGCCGCCACCCCUGCGGCGGCUUCUCCCAGCAGGCAACUCCCAUAGGUCUCCUAUCUCCCCCCCCCCAACUCAUCCAGCUCAGAUGCCCCUAGCUCAGUGUUUAGCCCGUGGACCACCCCGGCCACUGACCCCUGGCGGCAAAAUGCAUUCGCUUAUCUCUAAAUACCAGGAAUACAAAGUGAUUCGUAUUACGGAAACAUAACAAAUAUUUUUAUACUCUUUGGUUUUAUUCGGUAAAGUCACAUGGGUAAAAUAAAAGAAAACAAUUAAAUCACGACGUUCCGGGGGCAACACAAGCUUCCGUCUUCAGGUGGAACAGUCACAGCAGAAUAUCUGUGUCAAGUGCACAAUUCCGAGACGACUUGGAUCAUAUAUAGGUCAGGGGGGGGGGGGCGGGGAGCCAGAAAGGAACGUGGGCAGGUGGGAGGGCUGAAUUGAGCCGCCUUUUGUUAAACUGCAGGGGGUUCCGGGGGAGGGGUGGUGCACUGCACAAAAGCGGGUAAACAACCCUUUUUUUACAUGCCGUUAUACUUUUAGGGGGGGCCAGGGGGCAUUUAGAUAUUAGGGUUAGGGUAGUUUAAUCAGGGUACUUUAGCUCACGUCAUUCAAUAAAUUGCUUUAUAUUAUUAAUUAACGUCAAAAACUUUUACUUAACGCGGACCACCUGGAGGAGCGUCCCGGACCACUCACGCUGGUGGUCCGGGGACCGCACUUUGAGAACCACUGCUACAGCGCCUUCUCCAAACUGCCCCCCCCACUGAGCUUCCAGCUCCUUCCCUCUCAGCUCCUCGCUCUCCCCUAGCUCCUUCCUCGCUUCCCGAGUGCCCCACUUCCAACCCCCCCCCGCCCCCCGAUCGCUGUUUUUAUACACACGGAGCGAGCGAGUGAGCAGCGCACUAUAAUUGUUCGGGUGACUUGGGUGUGGAAAUACGACGUCAAGUUAACCUGCACGAGGCGUCGGCAAAUGGGCGAUUGUGACUGGUUCCGAAGCCGGGUUGGCGGGCUGGUGUGGUGAAGGUGUUUUUGGUCAGGUUUUACAGUUGAGGGUUGGGAUGUUUUUAUUUGACCCUGGAGCGAAACAAAGUCAAAGUCUAUUCCCAUGAACCAAUUUUUCUGGUUCGAAACACAGGCGUCCUUGCCCGCACCUCAGAUUAGCAUGGUUGGCUCUGUACGAUUAUUUCUAUACCGACAGCGCGUGUGGCGUGCAAGUAUUGCAAAGAUAAAGUCAAGCGCGUGAAAUGUAAAACUAAAACUCCAAUGCCAGGAUAAUGUUAUUAAUGCAGUAGAGGUCACAUCGUCACACUUUUGACACCACUAUCCAGGUUAACUGUCCCAUGACAAUUUACAAAUGAUAUUUAACGGCAUUUUAAAAAAAUAAUCCCAAAUACAAGUAGCAACAAAGGUCACGGUCCGGGAUUAACUCAGCCCAUCAUCAUCCCUCCUGAAAGUUGGAAAAAUACCGCUGAGUUGUAGCGCGCGCGUGUUCAGGGAGCUGCUUCAGUUGCUGAACAUGGGAGCACAACACAGAAAACCUACCACGGAAGUUAUCACCACCAAGGUAGUUGUCCUCGGGUUAAACUGAACUCACUGUGGGAAUGUGGAACUUCUACCACGUGCUCAGGGCCAUACAUGCAAAUUAGCAUUAGCCGCAUGCUCGUUUGAGCAGUGGGAUUUCUUCCUUGACUUAUUGACAUGGGGACCGGCGUGGCCAUUUGGGGCUGGUUAAUGGUUUGCAUAAAAGACCCCGAGUGGAAUUUUUCACCUUGGUUUGUCUUUGCCAUCUGAACAAUGGGGGGGGGGGGGGGAAACAUUGAUACGUUUUUUUUUCUGGAAGCAAGCCACUUUGCCUAAACUUCAGACGAGGAACCUCUUUGCAGCGGCAUUUACAAAUAAAAAUUUCCGUCGAGAUGUGAUUGGAUUGAAGCACUGGCCUGGUCGUAUCGGAGGACGCAUAUCCUCCUCCCUAAAAUUUUCGACGCGGGGGCUUGCCAAGUAACCCAACUUCUCGACCAAACGCUGCAGCGAAACUAGCGCGGUGCACAAUUGACUUCCCGGCCAGGGCGCUGGAAUACAUCUCAAUGAAAACCUCAACAUUUUAUCAGGAGAAUAUUUUAUAUUUUUUAAAACUCGUGUCAGUAAAUGUUUUUACAUUUUCUCUUCAAAUAUACGCUGGAGUUUUCA